UUGCUAUUAUUAUACGUAACACCCAUAUUCUUACACGUUCCAGUGCUACGUUUUUAUAGUUGGCGACGAGAAACAUGUAUUCGAACGAUUAGUGCAAGUGGUGUUCGAGGCGAUGUUAUCUAUUACGCACCGUGCGGCAAACGUCUUGGCUCAUACGCCGAAGUGAUGCGUUAUUUGAAUAAGCGCAAUAUCACGAAUAUUGAUCGGGAGCACUUUAGCUUCAGUUGUAAAAUUAUCGUUGGCGAUUAUAUUCAAAUCAGAAUCGCUGAAGAUGGGAAGAGAAUCCUAUACAAAAUAACCGAGGAGGAAGUGUUGGCACAAAUCGCAAGGUGUUCCACAAGCGGUUCGAGAAAGUCUUCAUCCGUCGCUGCUGCUGCUGCUGCUAAAAUGGCACCUUCGCCAGUGGACCUUUCAAAAACAGAUCCAACAGCAGCAACGGACAAGAAAGCGUUACAUCACUUACAACGACGUCUACAACGUAACGAGCAAUAUUAUGCGCAACUGCUAUUUGGCUUGUUUGUAAUGAAUAUAUUUACAUACAUACAGCUGGAACAAGCUAUAUUUGCAACGCCACCACGAGGAGGAACACCAGUAGUGGCUGCAAGAGGUGGCGCCUCGCGUCAUUCCACACCGGCUGUUGCGGAGGAAAAGCCGCCGAAACCGGAACUUUCCGAAGAAGAGAAACAAGAAGAGCGGCUCCGAGCACUUCGAUUGCCAACCGAUGAUUUACUGAUCGAAGAAGCUCGGGUAAACUCAUGUCCCCCGUUACUGUUUUGUGCAUUUUACUUCACCAUUGGAGGCGAGGCAUCAGGUAGAUGGGUCAAGUGCAGGAGCUGGGAGGACGAACGGAGGAAAAUAGGAAGUUCUGGGGAGUACCACACUUGA